CAAGCGAUCAAAGUUGGUGAAGCCUUUAGUGAUCACUAAAGAGGACUGACUUUCAUAGCAACAAAAAUGAAAGUUUAAGAAAUUGUGGCUUUUGCAAGGCUGUGCUGUGACUUGCAAACUACAGAAGCAGGAAAUGAAGCAUUCUGAAAGCCUGUGGAGAAGCAUUUUGAUGUAGGUGUUUCCUGUUCCAGAGACUUUAAAAAGAAGACGACACAAAGUUCUGGGGAACAUUCCUGUAGCCGUUUUAACUGCUUUUGUCUACUAAGAAACCUCUCUUGGAAAAAAUGAAAGCGGAAGGGGAUCCUUUAAAAAACGUGGACCUAAGUUUCUUGUCUGCCGAGGAGGAAUUUGCAAUUCUCCGAGUUUUAAAACGAGAUGCAAGACUUAGAAGACUGGAAGACAGACGUGUCAGGCAGUUAAGGUCGUCCAUCUUUGACCCAAGACAGCUGAAGAUCAUGACAGGGGAAUGGUUUGAUGAGAUGAAGUCUAGACGCUAUGGCAAACACUAUGAUGUGGUCCACAUGGUCAGAUCUUUAUUCAAGAGGAAGAAAAAUCCAGCCUCCGAAGGUGAUGCGAAUGAACCUGAGGAGAGAGAGAGCAGACGGGAUCAGCCCUUCAAGACACAGCAAGAGAGCUGGUCUCUGCUGUGGAAGAAAAAGACACCAGCAAGCCAGUCAACUGUGGUGAAGAGUGGAGAAUCAUCUUUACCAGAAGAGAUGACGGAUGAAAAGUACUUGAAGAAGAUGGCAAAGGAUCUGGCUGAUGAGAAUGCUACUGUGGACCAAACGGGAAAGGAAAAUAUGCAAUGCAAAUCUAAUACAGAGAGCACAGUCAGUAAUGACCAAAACCAACAGAUUCCUGAGGUUCCAAGUACUACCUCUGCCCUUAAUAGUUGCGGAACAGCACAGAUUGACAACCAGACAUUAAAACUGAGCAUGUCUAUGGAAGACAAAGUUGGUGAUGCCUCACAAUAUAAGUGUCAGCUGUCUCCAACUUUGGUAUCAAAAUGUGGUUCUCCAGAAGAAAACAAACAGGCAGAAACACUUGAAAUCUCAAAGGAGUCUGAAAGCACCCUGGAACCUAGCACACUGUUGUUUCUGAGCCCUGCUUUUCAAGAGGAGAAUGCCCUGGGAAAGAGCGCCGGUAAGAAACUGGUGCAGGAAGAAUUCUGGGUGAAGACAGUAACUGAAAUAGGGGAGGUGGAAGAGUCCUUUACAGUGAAUGAGCGCAAGCCACAAGCCACAAGUCAGGCUGGGCCUCGUCAGUCUUGUCAGUUGGAAGACACACAUAGGUGUCAAGAUUCUUAUAGUUUUCCUGAGCCCUCUAAAGGUUUAUGUUAUGGUACUGAGAUUCAAAAACCUGUGAGUCCUUCUCCUAGUUCAGCAUUGGGAACUGGGACUAAAUCUGCCCGGUUAGUUCCUUGGGUAGUAAUGGAUUCAGCUGAAGGGAUACAAAAAACACGUCUUGACAGUGCAGUUCUCAAACACGGUGAGGGAUUUUAUGCAAAUGAAUGUCAAUAUAAAGACCACAUUGCAGACAGUGAUCAAGAGGGAAGAUCUUCCCUUCUGGUGACAGGGGAUGCUAAAACUAAAGCAACAAUAAACAUGAGCUUGGAAACAACAGGUGGCACCCCAGGGGAACAGUCUGUCCAAGGAAAUGAAUCCUCAACAAAACUUCAAGAUCAUUCCCUUCAAGGUAUGCAUUCUCUUGAUGUUUUGGAGUUUGCUUUACCAAGUGCACACAGCACACCAGAGAAAGAGAUGCCAUUGGAAAUGAAAGGAAUCUCCAGGUUUAAUCCAAGUAACAGCUUCAGUGAAUCUGACAGUAUUCAGAGAAUGCGAUCGGCAGAAGAGGAGUUUAAGAGCCUUCAGGAAGAUUCCCCUCGAUAUUCUGGUAUUGACUUUUCAGAUGUGAAACAGGUGCUAUUUUCCUCGAAGCUGGAUGAUUCCGAUAUUCCCCCCGAGGCCUCUGAAAAGCUGAUAAAUGAGGAAACAAAACAAAUUGGAACUUAUAAUGUACUUGUGCCUGAAUCCAUUCCUGACGCUUCUCAGUACAGCCUGGCAGAUAGUUCCCUGAUGCCACAUGUCAGCAUGCCUGAAGAAGAGCAAACAGUGAAGGUCCCCACAAUAUUGGUUACAGAAGCUGCAGGUACAAAAGAAAUCUCUGCUGCUUCUGUGGUUGAUGGAUGGGUUACAUCUACGCUGAAAGAAGCUGAAAACCAGCCUGCUGUUCUAAAUGUGUCAUCUGAGGGCUUUUCCGCUGUUCCACUCUCAAGCAGUUCUUCAGCACUAGAGAUAUGGGAGGAUAAUAACCAGGACCAGAACAAUGACCUGGGCUCUGUAUCCAGCAUCGGAUCUGAUGCUUCACUGAUGACAACAGGCCAGUCUUCAAGCCUGUUGUCUGUAUCAGGGCUCAGCGCAAGUUUGCUAAGUCUGUACAGUGAUGCUGGGGAUUUUGGAAACCUUACUGUUCAAGGAGCGGUGGAGUUCUCCAUCACAUACAGUAGCAGAGGAGAGCUUGUUAUUCUGAUUGAACAGUGUCAGGACUUGGCGAUCGGGAACACGAAGAAAAACCGCACAGACCCGUAUGUUAAGACUUACCUUAACCCAGAUAAAUCCCGUCUAAGCAAGAGAAAGACAUCGGUCAAGAAAAACACAGUAAACCCUGUUUUCCAGGAAUCUCUGAAAUACAAGCUUGAGAAAGUGGAAUUGCAGUCAAGGGUUUUAAAUGUUUCCGUGUGGCACAAUGACUCUCUGGGUCGAAACGCCUUCCUUGGAGAAGUUGAAAUAGACCUGAAAACCUGGGAUUGGAAUCACGAGGCCCCAGCCUGGUACAACUUGCAACCAAAGAGCCCUGAGGACCAGGAACCCAAAGGCAGCAGAGGACAACUAAUUGUGGCACUGAAGUAUGUCCCAGCUGGAUCUAUAGAUGGUACCAAACCUUUCACUGGGGAACUUCACAUCUGGCUGAAAGAAGCAAGAAAUUUGCAAAAAGUUAAACCCAGUGGCGUGGACUCAUUUGUGAAGUGUUACAUCUUACCAGACACGAGCAAGAAGAACAGGCAGAAGACCCGAGUGGUGAAGAAGACUCUGCACCCUGUUUACAAUCACACCAUGGUGUACGAUGGCUUCCGGCACGAGGAAAUCAAAGAAGCCUGCUGUGAGCUCACACUCUGGGACCACGACACCUUCACAAACCAGUUUCUCGGAGGUGUUCAUCUCAGCCUCGGAACAGGUAAAAGUUAUGGAAAGACUGUGGAUUGGAUGGACUCCAUAGACAAGGAAGUUGAACUCUGGAAAAAUAUGUUGUUAAGUCCUGGUGAGUGGGUGGAGGAAGAGCUGUCCCUUCGGCAAUCCAUGGCCAAAAGAAAGUAGCUUCACUAUCGUUUAUUUUUUUCCUGUUUUCAUUUAAAUCACUGCUUCACUGGAAUGUUGACAUUUAAUGUCAUGAAAAUAAUUGUGAUUGUUAAGGUAGAAAGUAGCUAGUUGUUGUACUAAAAUCUAAAGAGCAAAUUUACAAUAGCAAUGUUUAUAUCCACAUUUUCCACGUAAUAAAAGUUUUUCACAGCACUUUGUACCUUUAUGUUGGCUUUUUUCCUUUGAGUGGAGUUGUGUUGUGUGGGAAGUGAGAUGGAUGUUCAAGAGACAGGAUUCUGAAAAGGCUCCGGGCUCAUGGCUGAAGAUGAGAAAGAGACCCAGGCUAUCAGUGUGGCAGGAACCAUGAGUACACAAAAAGGCAGCAUGUCAGAAGACAUGGUUUAUUUCAUUGGUGGCAGAUAUGUGGGAACAAUUAUAAAGUAUAUUAUUUUAAAUGAAUGGCUGUUAUGCAAACCAUAUUCUGUUAAUCACAAUGACACACAAUGCUGGACCACACUUUUACAUCUUUUGAUACUAAAUGUAGUCAAUAAGUUAAACUACUUUAUGAAAAACAUACAUUAAUAUACAGUACAUAUUUAAAAUGUAAGGUCAACCUACAGUUACAGGUCAGACACUAUAGCACUAUAGCAUUCUCACAUUGUACCCUCUGAAGCUAAAAAUGAGUGUUUUUGAUGCAAACUAGAACCAUUUUUGACCUAGUUUAUUUCCUUGUGCAUAUUGAAAACACUUUCAGUAGAGGGUGUCAGUUAUUUUUGCAUUCAUUCUUUUUCAAAGAUGCUACCUUGUUUCAAAUUUUCUUUUUCAGUUUGAAUCUAAUAACUCAGUUUAUAUAGAGUACAGCAGGGAAUGAUUAGCUAAUUGCAUUGUUUCUAAGAAUACUAUUUUGUUGAUGAAUGCUGUCCAUAGAGCAAUGAAGCCACUUCUCAAUAAAAAGUUACUUUCAAAAUUAGAAUAAGUAUUAAAUAAUUCAUAAAAUGUAGUUACAGUACUUCCUUUUAUACCCUUUCAAAACCUGAAUCAAUGCAUUUUAAUCACCAUAUUUUCAUACUCUGCCAUUUUAUUCAUGCACUACUAUAAAUACAAGUUCUAAUGCACUAAUUAUUCUAAAAUACGUUUAAACUACAAAGAAGAAAUGGGUCUUUUUACUUUCAUUUAUAUACAGAACAAUCCAGCAGGGCCAGUGUUGCAAAAUAGGCUGAGCAGUGGUCAGAGUAGGUCCGUUUUCUGAAAUGAUGGCACUGCCGCAAAGCACUCUGAUAUAUCAGGUGCAAUUUAUUUAUGGUGCUCCUCUUCCCAACAAGAAAAAUGAAAAAAAAAAGGUUUACC